UCAGACAGCCCACCUCGGCCCACCACCCGCUGGGUCUGGUGCCCAAGAUUGUUGGGACCCGGUUGGUGUUGGUGCUGGAGAGGUGGAGGAUCACGGUGACAGGGGAUCGCGGCGAACCCCCCGCCUUGUGCAACACAUCUCCUAUUCUGCGGUAAAGAUGGCGGCGUCAGAGGGGGCGCGUAGCGGCCGGACAACGGCAAAACGAUUCUGAAAAGCUCCGGAUUUGACCGAAUCUCUCUCGCCAGGUACCGUUAAUUUCUGCUCGGACACCAUCUGGAUCACCGGAAUAGAGACAAUAGCUGUCACACGCCGGGGUUGGGGUUUUAUUGUUAAAGUCAGGGUGGGUGGGUUUCACUGAUAGCUGCUAACGUUAGCUAACGGGCUAGCUGAGCGAGCUAAUACGGGCUAGUUAACGUUAGCUCGGCGAAGAAGAGCGGGGAGGGGAUUGAGGAAGACUAUUCGGGCCAGGCCGCUCCAGCUUGGGGGAAUGUGAACCAGAGGUGCACGGGGGGUUUGCUUGCUUCGUCCCAGACGUCCUUACACCAAACUACCGGGAUGGGACAGCAGGUAGGCCGCGUCGGUGAGAGCACAUCGACCGGACUCCAGCCACCACAGCCCCACGCGUCCCAACCGCACCAAGGGAAGGGGAACCGGGGGAGCGGCGCCGGGAGGAGACCCCGAGAACCCGGCAGUAGCACCGGGACACCGCCAGGCAGGGCUGCUGCAGUCAACGUGCCCGACCCAGGGAUCAAUAUCUUCACACAGCAUUCAGAAGCUCUUCACCGGCCGUUCGGCCUGGACUCUGCAGCGCUGACGGAGGCGGUACGUUGGAGCUCCAAGGAGAACCUACUGGGGGCGGCUGAGAGCGACCCUAACCUGUUCGUUGCACUUUAUGACUUUGUCGCCAGCGGAGACAACACGCUAAGCAUCACUAAAGGUGAGAAGCUGCGUGUGCUGGGCUACAACCAAAAUGGAGAGUGGAGUGAAGUGCGCUCUAAGAACGGCCAAGGUUGGGUACCCUCCAACUACAUCACACCAGUCAACAGUCUGGAGAAGCACAGCUGGUACCACGGGCCCGUGUCACGCAGCGCAGCAGAGUACCUGCUCUCGUCUCUCAUCAAUGGCAGUUUCCUGGUCCGGGAAAGUGAGAGCAGCCCCGGACAGCUGUCCAUUUCUCUCCGCUAUGAGGGGAGAGUCUACCACUACCGGAUCAACACCGCAUCUGAUGGAAAGGUGUAUGUGACGUCUGAGAGCCGUUUCGCCACCCUGGCCGAGCUGGUCCACCAUCACUCCACUGUCGCCGAUGGCCUGGUCACCACCCUGCACUACCCCGCACCCAAAUGUAACAAGCCCACAGUGUACGGUGUGUCACCCAUCCACGACAAGUGGGAGAUGGAGCGCACAGAUAUCACCAUGAAGCACAAGCUGGGGGGAGGCCAGUACGGAGAGGUGUACGUGGGAGUGUGGAAGAAGUACAACCUCACAGUGGCUGUCAAAACGCUCAAGGAGGACACCAUGGAAGUUGAAGAAUUUUUAAAAGAAGCCGCCGUUAUGAAGGAGGUUAAACACCCAAACCUUGUUCAGCUACUUGGUGUGUGUACAUUGGAGCCUCCGUUCUACAUCGUGACUGAGUACAUGCCACACGGCAACCUACUGGACUACUUGAGAGAUUGUGACAAGGAGGAGGUGAACGCUGUGGUGCUGCUGUACAUGGCCACGCAGAUCUCCUCUGCCAUGGAAUACCUGGAGAAGAAGAACUUUAUACACAGGGAUCUUGCAGCGAGGAACUGUCUGGUCGGGGAGAAUCAUGUUGUGAAGGUCGCAGACUUCGGCCUGAGCAGGUUAAUGACUGGUGACACCUACACGGCACAUGCAGGCGCCAAGUUCCCCAUCAAAUGGACUGCACCAGAGAGCCUUGCGUACAACACCUUCUCCAUCAAGUCUGAUGUCUGGGCAUUCGGGGUGCUGCUAUGGGAAAUUGCCACCUAUGGCAUGUCUCCAUAUCCUGGCAUCGAUCUGUCUCAGGUCUAUGACCUCCUGGAGAAAGGUUACCGUAUGGAACAGCCCGAAGGAUGUCCACCUAAAGUCUAUGAACUCAUGAGAGCAUGCUGGCAGUGGAGCCCAAUGGACCGACCUUCGUUCGCAGAGAUCCACCAAGCCUUCGAAACAAUGUUCCAUGACUCCAGCAUCUCUGAAGAGGUAGCAGAGGAGCUCUGUAAGACGGCCUCCUCUGGUCACUGCGGACCACUUCACCCUUUCAGUCACGACAUGCCCCUGUUGCCUUCCAAAUCCCGCACACUCCUAAAGCACACAGAAAACAAGGAAAACAUUGAGGGCGGACUCGACGGGCGAUCUGACCACGGCACGCACGGUCACUCAGGCUGGGCGUCGUCUUUGUUAGGAGGGGAUGGCCGAUCAGGCAGCUCCCCAGCUCUGCCCAGAAAACAGCAACCAAGAGACAAAUCUCCCGGCAACCUUUUAGACGAUGCACAGGAUAUGGGCACAUUUACAAGAGACCGUAAGACUGGCUUCUUUAGCUCCUUCAUAAAGAAGAAGUCUUCCUCUUCUUCCUCCUCACCAUCCUCUCAGCUACAACACAAUCUCCCGACGCCACCCAAGAGGAGCAGUUCUUUCCGGGAGAUGGAAACUCAGCCUCACAAGAAAUACGAGCCAACCGCUGAUUUCAGCGCUCCUCCUCCCCUUCCCCAGUCGGACAGUCUCGGUGGCUUCUCUGCCUCUCCGUCUCACUCCCAUGGAGAGCCAACUCAGGCGCAGUCACGCUGCUGUGGGGCUGCUUUUGGACAGAAGCCCUCUGGUGGGGGACUUGCCUCACAGGUUACAAGCGGCAGCAGUUGGAGCGGGUUGGCUGGUUUUUUUACCCCUAGACUCAUCAAAAAGACCCUGGGAUUACGGACAGGAAAGACAACCUCUUCAGAGGAGGGUGGAAGUAUAGCUGGAGGGCCUAAACCCUUCCCUAGGUCCAAUUCUACCUCCUCGAUGUCAGCUGGGUUGCCAGACCUGGAGCGCAUGGCUCUGACUUUACCCAGGAAUCGCAGUGCAAAACCCCCUCUAGAGCGGACUGCAUCCACAACCUCGCAGCCAGAGAAUGGGGCUGCGCGGCCCUCAGAAACUCUGCUGAGGAGGAUGGAUGAGGGGACAGCACAGAUCAGGGAAAGGCCCAAAGCCAAGCUAUUACCCCGAGGUGCUUCUGUAGGAGUGAGGGCACCAGGGGUUGGGGGGGAGGUGGGGGAAUCGGACAGUCUGUCUCGGGUGAGGGAGGGGAGAGAGGAGAGUGGGGGAGGACUGGACAGGCAGCAGAGUUGGCCAUCUCCGUCUAAGACUUCUAGUUCGAGUGCUUCAUCAGCUGCAGCAGGCGCACCAACUCACAACCACAAAGUUCCAGUCCUAAUCUCCCCCACGCUGAAGCACAGCCCAGCUGAUGUGCACCUGGUCGGGCUAGACUCUCAGGGGAACCGCUUCAAACUGCUGUCUGAGCACCAAGCAGAUCGGGACAGGCCGCGACUUGUAAAACCCAAGUGUGCUCCUCCUCCCCCUCCCACCCUGCGCAGCCUGCAACACUCCUACAGUGGCGACGGAGAGGAGCAGGUAGGAGGAGCACCUGUGGAAGUAAACGGAGACACGUUGAAAGGUCACAGGUCAGGGCGAAUGUCAGGAGGAGCGGCGACGGGCAGACCGUCAGUGCCACCACCACAAGUGCCUCCUGCAUCUUCCUCCUCCGUUCCCUCAUCUUGCUCUGCCACCACCAACACAACUCCCACCAAAAUGGCCAACGGAGCCGCCACCACUGCCUCCUCCUCACACACAGCACCAUCUGCCGGUUCCAAAGUGGCACUGCGGCGAACCAGGCAGCAGGCAGAGAGGGUGCCCCUGGAGCGAGUUAGUCGCGAGGCCCUGCUGGAGUGCGCUGAGUGCCUGAGCAGCGCCCUCCACGCCAGCUCCGAAAGCCCCUCCAGCAGCCAGGUGCUGGACGCUGGCCACCAGCUGCUAGACUACUGCUCAGGUUACGUGGACUGCAUCCCUCAGAUGAGGAACAAAUUUGCCUUCCGAGAGGCGGUGGGGAAGCUGGAGCUCAGCCUGCAUGAACUGAGGGCCUCGUCCUCAGGAGGUGGAGGGCUGAGCGGCGUGGGGCCCAACACUGUACUGGACAACCUGCACAGCUGUAUUAAAGAGAUUAGUGACGUAGUACAGAGGUAGCCACUGUGACAACACCAACCGUCACCCCUAACUACCCGACAGACUGCUUAUAUUCCCUUUUUUUAUGUUUCUGGUUCUUUUGACAGCUUUUUGGGGGACGAAACGAGAUGAAUCUCUAAAGUACCUCAGAGAAAUCACUACAAAAUCUAUUCUUUUUACUGUUUACAAACAACCGUUUCAUAAAAUGCCAGUGUGGACACUAAUUUUGCUCUGACCUGUACAUAUUCAGAAAUCUUUAUACCAAACUAAAUGUGGUUCAAGUCACACAAUGAAAUGUUUAGCCCCACAUCUCCACCUGGCCGUGAUAAAAGGCCUUCUUGUUAAAUGAAUGUCAAGUGUAUCAGCUGUGUGUAGCCAGGCCAGCGAGUCGGCCAAGUCUAAGCUCACUCUGCUUAUCUGUCAGUCUGUCACGUACUGAGCGCGAAUGACGGUGGUUGUGCCCAGCCUUACUGAGAAUACUAGACAACUGUUUUCACUGACUAAGCUCGAACAGUGCUUUGCAAACGAGUGAAUCAUCAGUUGGGUGUACUGUGUUUCGCAGUAGAGUAUUUUGCUCAGUGUCUGGGGAACUGAGUGACCAUAAGCCAUUUUUUAAAGCCAUUGUAUUCUAAAGGAUUGGAAGCAACAUGAGGAUUCAGUAUGAUUUAAGGUUUUGGGGUCUCAAUUUGACACUCUUGUUUUCUGUGCAGAUGUUUUUUUAGUAUUUUUAUUUCAUUUUUAUGAUAGUAUUUUUUAAGUAGAUGGACAAAUGUGAUAAAAUUAUAAAUCUCCCUAUAAUUAAAGGUGCAGUGUGUAAGAUUUAGGGGGACAUAUUGGCAGAAAUUGAUUGUUUUCUUCAGUUAUAUAGUUUUCGUUACCUUAAAAUGAACUGUUUAUAUCUUCAUAGGGAGCGGGUCCUCGUCCAUAGAGUCAGCCAUGUUGCGCCACCAUGUUUUUCACAGAAGCCCAGACGAGACAAGCCAAACACAAACUUGAGAUAGGGCCAAUUUAUGUUUUCACGUCGGCCACCGUAGUUAGUAGCUCUUCCGCGAUGAGCAGCAUUGGAAAAGUUAUUUUGAACAUGAAACUGCUUUAUUCAGUGUUUAAAUCACAUGGGUUCUUAUUUAUAAACAUUGCGUGAGCAUAAAACAAGGCCUGAAAGAGGCGUACGCCACCUCCCACACAAAAGUUGUGAUCUAUAAAAGCAGACUGUUUUUUUUUUUUUGUUUUUUUAUUAAUAAAGAUAUAUAUAAGAUAUUCUUUGGGGCAUUUUUGGACUUCUGUGGAUAAUUCGGCUCCUGGUAAAAACCUCCUGAACAAUGAACACUGAAGAAAAUCUAACUGGUAAAAGUUUCAGCUGGUUGCAAUCUGCAUUCCUCAGCGUUUCAUGCCACUAUAUCCCCUUAUAUCUUACACACUGCUUCUUUAAAGCCUUGUUUUUUAAGAAUCAUCUUUAGAGAAUAAUCAACUGUUUUGACGCCGACAUUCCCACGUGUCCUCACAAGACUGAAGGGAUCACUUACAUCGUUGAAAGUUGUGUGCAUUUGACAAGCAUGUAAAUAAGCUCAGAUGAAACGUCAAGUGUACGUUUCAGUAUUACCAAAUACAGGCUUAUCAAAUCUAAAAAAGAAAAGAUUUAAAAAAAAAAAAAGAUUUUUAUGAAUCUAUUUUGUUUAUUUCCCACAAUACUAAAACAUGAUGAAUGAUGGUGGGGUGUCUUAUCAUAUGCACAGCAUUUGUCUUCGCUUCAGUGACGUGACUCAUGUUCACACCUUAACACAGUGCCACAAAUAUGGGGAGAAAAAUAAAUCCUCAGUCUCCUAAAGCAUUUCAAUAUUUAUGUCCAGUAAUCCUUGCACACUACAUUUCUUCCUUGUAUGACGGAGCAGAAGAGAGUAGAGAGAGUAGAGGGAGGAGGGGGGGGAGAGCACAGGGUAGCGCAUGAGCAGGUGAAUUGGGACAGUAUUUCUAUAAGUGUCCUUCCGAGUAUGGACAGUGCUGGAUUCCCUGUAGCCUUGUCGUGUCCUCAGUGCCUCAAAUUCUUCCAUGUAUGAACACUGCGAAACGCAGAGACCUACUUCACACUAAUCACACAGUACUGAUCUCUCAACAAACAAAAAACUGCAGUAUGUCUUCAGCACAUGAGCAAUUUGUACAUUAUUUGGUUCAAAGAAAAAAAUGCUUUUUAGAAUGUCUAUGUAUGAACUUGAAUUUUAAAUUAUUCCUUUUUUUUUUUAUUAAAAGCACAGACCUAUUUUGAGAGAAAAGUUAUGUAAAUAUUUGAUUUAUUUCAUAUCCAGGAAACAAAAGAUUUAUGUGUGGUUACAGCAUAAAGAGCAAUGUUUUUGACUGAAGAGAUGUAUUACAAGACUGAGGCUCAUCCACCCAGAUCUGAAUAUCUGCUUUAUGAAUGUAUUAUUCUUCCGUUCUGAACCCGGGCGAAUGUUCAUCUGCAUGACUCUUUAAUCUCUUACGGUGCCAUUUUAUUUUAUUUAUUAUAAUUCUUUUUAUUGGCCUGUACUCCUAAUUUCAGUCACACUAAUAAGUCCAGAAACAGCUGCUCUGUUUUUUGAGCACAAACAAAACUGUACAGCGCACACAAAACUCAAGAUACUUUUAUUUUCUUUGCUUUGGCUCACAUCUUUACGUACACUGGAUAAGGCCUCAGACACAUUGGUUCGUCCACACAUGUUGCAUACCGCAAAACCUAAUCACUGCAGGUCCAUAACACUUUCAAAAUGCCUGUUAAUGACACUUGAUGGAUUGCCAAGUAAACGUUUAUGUCAACUUGUGUUGUGGUGCGUUUUAUAUCAUCAUUUCACGUCGUCGUGUGUCGGUGUUAAUGUCCAACUUCUUGCCAAACAGGAUCCUACGAGACAAACUGAUGAUUGGUUUCUAUUCACUGUGAGUUUCUGAAUAACAUGGACGGAAAUAUCAUCUUUUCUUUCAUGAUUCUUGGUGCCUUUUUGUGAACAAAAUAAUUUAUGUACAGUACACUAUCACUGCAAGAUAUCACAGCUAUGGCAGCGUUAAAGUACAUCUUUACAACAAUGUGUUUUCUUUCCUUUGCCAUGAGAUUGUGAUAAGCAUAUCACUACAGCAUGCAUUUCUGUCAUAUGGAGGUUAACAGUCAGAUGCAAACUUGAAACCGAAAGGUGCACUUUGUCUAUGAAGAUUAUGUAUUUAGAUACUCGGUUACAGAGGCCGUUCAUUAGCGGCCUUUAACACUGUUAGUGCAGCCACAUCUGGUUGUGUUUCCUCUCUGACAAAUGAAACAUGGCACUAAAAUGAAGCUGCUCUGGUGUCUCAGACUCCGACCACAUCAAAGGUUUUGUCUAAAAUAUCUCUUUUGAAUUGCCUAGCAAACUUAAUUAAGUUUCUGUUUAGUUGUAGUGCAUUUCUGCAGAGUAGUUUCCCCAAAAAAAGCCUUAUCUAGAAAAAAAAAUAACCUUCUAGAAACACACUCAAAGUCUGGACUGUUGUUAAGAAAUAAAGCAUAUCUAAUCAAUGAUUACAGAAUCAGUAAAUUGAUUUGGUGCCCAUGUUUUCUCCUCAAAUUUCUGCUCAUUCUCAUUAUCAGUCUCCUGCAUUGUCUUUAUUUAUGUCGCCUGCAUUUAUCCUGUAUAUCUGUUUUUUUUAUUUCCUCCUGUCUCUGUUUUGGAGAUCAGCUCUGGAGAACGUGUGUACACAUCAUUAUACCAAAGGCCACUUCUUCAGUUGUACGAGUGCAAUGUAAACCAACACACAAAAUAAUGGAAUAUGUGAAUCUAAACAGGGAUUAAAAAAAAUGGCAGAGAUGUUAACAUUAACUUUUUUAUUGUACAAAAUAUAUAUUUUGUGUUUUGUUUUUUUGUUUUUUGUUUUUUAUUUAAAGCUCACGUUAUAUUACUGUGAAGUUUUGCUUAUCAGUGUUAAGCCUAUUGUAAAUAAUAAAGAUAUUGAUGAAUACUGUUUUGUUCUUGGUUGUUCAUCUGCCUCCGUGCAUGACAUUUUAUUGUCUGUGGCUUAAGAGCAAAGGCGCA